AGAGAAAAAUUGGGGCAUUCCGAGAAUUGAACUCGGGACCUCUCGCACCCUAAGCGAGAAUCAUACCACUAGACCAAAUGCCCUUUGUUGAUGCUAACAGAAACGAAUCUUCUACAUCAUUACGACUGACCGAUUGCACAAUCUAAUUGUCGUCCUGUGGUGAUUCUGGCGAUAGUUCUUCGGCUCUCCCCCACGAGAACCGGAGCAGGAAUUGCAAGAAGAAUAUAUACCCGAUUCCCUCCGUCCCGAGCUCAAAUCUUGUUUUCCCCCAUCUGCUUGAUCGCCUCGCCUCCCUCGUUUCUUCGUCUCGCGCGACUCGGCCAGGGGGAUCCGGCGCGGAGAGGAAUGACAUCGCCGAUGUCCGGAGACGCACGCACGCCGCCCCGUGGGGCGGCGCCUUACGCUCUGUACCAGUUCGGCACCAGCGGCGCCGCCGUCGCCGUCGCCACCGCCGUCACGCAUCCGCUCGACGUUAUCAAAAUUAGACUCCAAAUGCAGCUUGCUGGGCAAAGAGGAAACUUAGUUGGAAUGGGGGCAAUAUUUACACAAAUGGUAGAAAGGGAAGGGCCUCGAUCACUCUAUCUGGGAUUUGCACCAGCAUUGACUAGAUCCCUCAUCUAUGGUGGCCUUCGAUUAGGAUUGUAUGAGCCCUGCAAACAUGUCUGCAGCUACGCAUUUGGUUCAACAAACUUUGCUUUUAAAUUUGCAUCCGGAGUAGUUGCUGGUGCCCUAGCAACUGCAUUGACAAACCCGAUGGAGGUUUUAAAGGUGAGAUCACAGAUGAGUACAAGCAGAAUUAGUACAAUUGGAGUGACGAGGGAAAUUGUAUCAGAGGAAGGAGUCAAAGCGCUUUGGAAAGGAGUUGGCCCAGCUAUGGUGAGAGCAGGCUGCCUCACGGCAUCACAAAUGGCAACUUAUGAUGAGGCCAAACAGGUCUUGCUGAUGUGGACACCACUUGAAGAAGGUUUUCAAUUACAUCUCAUGUCGAGCUGCAUCGCUGGAACAGCUGGUACACUUGUGACUGCACCUAUUGACAUGAUCAAAACAAGGCUAAUGCUGCAACGGGAGUCCAAAGGUGCCAGAGUAUACAGGAAUGGUUUCCACUGUGCUUACCAGGUUGUCCUGACAGAGGGUGUAAAGUCACUUUAUAAAGGUGGGUUUGCCACCUUCGCAAGGUUAGGCCCUCAAACAGCUAUCACUUUCGUCGCGUGCGAGAAGCUGCGGGAACUCGCUGGAAUGUCUGCUAUUUAGUACCGCAAGAGAUUGAAGAAAAAUACAGUUCAACAUUUGUCUAGUUGGAGAGCAUAUUUUGCUCCACUCAUUUAUCGGCAUUUCUUUCAACAUUCAUGAGGGUCUGUCAGAAUUGUAGUACUGAUUUUUGGAAGGGUAAAUUUUUAGCAUGGGCUGCUUUAAUGGUUAGCCUGUACAGAAUAAGGGUUAGCCUGUACUGAUCAGAUUUUCUCUUCAGGUCACAAAGUUGCGAGUACAGAAUAAUGUUCUGAUUUUCAGUCUGAGCUUCACAUCGUUUAUUUUCUUCA